UAUUUGAUGUUUCAUCUUUUAGGCGAAAGUAGCGACAACGAGAGAAUCUGAGAUUGAUUCGCUUUCCCGGCAGUAAUUUCCUCUCGAUUUCUCACUCGGAGCUCCGGAUUACUCUGAUCGGUGUCUUAGAUUCCUCACUCUCCGUUUGUGUUCUUCUCCGCUUUUUAGAUCUGGGAAAUCUCCGAUUUUGGAAUUGAAUUCACAGAUGUCGAAACCUUGGGGUGGAAUCGGCGCUUGGGCCGAUGAGGCGGAGCGUGCUGAUGAAGAGCAGGCUGCUGAAGCUACAGCCACGGCGGCGGAUACGCAGAGCUUUCCGAGUCUGAAGGAAGCUGCGACUACGAAGUCUAAGAAGAAGAAGAAGAUGACUUUGUCGGAGUUCACCAAGGGAGCUUACGCUGCACCAGGUUCUGGUGGCUCUGUUGGAUUGACGAGGGAACAAAUGCUUCAGCUUCCUACUGGUCCAAGACAACGCUCUGAGGACGAAAUGCAACCUGGCCGUCUCGGCGGCGGAUUCUCUUCUUAUGGAGGAAGGUCUAGUGGGCCUCCUGGACGAAUGUCGAGAGAUCGAGAUGCUUCUGAUGGGUCAUGGGGCGGUGGUGGAGGUGGUGGUGGUAGGAGAGGUUAUGGCGGAUUCGACGAUGAUCAGAGGGGUUCUUCUAGGGUUUCAGAUUUCCCACAACCGUCUAGAGCUGACGAGGUUGAUGAUUGGGGAAAAGAAAAGAAAUCGCUUCCAUCGUUCGAUCAAGGACGUCAAGGUCGUUACGGAGGGCUCGGAGGCGGUGGCGGUGGCAGUUUUGGCGGCGGAGGUGGUGGAAGCUAUGGCGGUGGAGGUGGCAUCUCUAAAUCCGACGGUGUUGAUAAUUGGGGAGCAGGUAAAAGCCAGUCGUCUCUUGCAAAAUCAUCUACAUUUGGGUCCGGUUACCGUGACUCCGAGCCAGAGCCUGACCGGUGGGCAAGAGGAGUCUCUUCCGGUGGUGUUCAGGAGGAGCGUCGUCGUCUUGUUUUGGAACCACGAAAGGUUGUUGAUACAGGAGUGAGUGAAACUCCUACUGAUGUGAAAACGAGUAAGCCGAGUCCAUUUGGAGCAGCUAGACCGAGAGAGCAAGUUUUGGCGGAGAAAGGAUUGGACUGGAAGAAACUUGAUUCGGAGAUUGAGGCUAAGAAGGGAAGCUCACAAACGAGCAUACCAUCGAGCGCACAAUCUAGCAGGCCAUCAAGUGCUCAAUCUAAUAGGUCUGAGAGUUUAGCAUUGAACAAUGUGGAGAAUGUGGUGAAACCUAGACCAAAGGUGAAUCCUUUUGGCGAUGCAAAACCUAGGGAAGUGUUGCUGGAGGAACAAGGCAAAGAUUGGCGCAAGAUGGAUUCUGAAUUCGAGCAUCGCAGGGUUGACAGGCCUGAAACAGAAGGAGAGAGAAUUUUGAAGGAAGAGAUUGAAGAAUUACGGAAAAAACUCGAGAAGGAAGCAGCCAUCGCACCUGAGAACGGGGAAUCUCAACAAGAAUCCGACAGUAAUAACCAUAACCUACCGGAUCUUAUACGCGAGAAAGAAAAAGACCUGGACUUACUAACCCGUGAGUUGGACGACAAGAUCAGGUUCAGACCAAAAGCAGUUGAAAGGCCUGGAUCCAGUGCAGGCAGGACCGGUAACUAUUCUGAAAGACCUCAUUCCCGGGCGGGAUCAAUUGACGAGUCUAGGAGUGUUGAAUACAUGGAAAGACCUAGAUCACGUGGCACAGGUGAUCCUUGGUCAAGACCAGUAGAUGAUCGAAGAAGCUUCCAAGGAAGCAAGGAACGUGGAUUCUUCAGCAACAGGAACUUCGAUAGGUCAUCAUCAUCGUCGAAGGAUGGGUGGUAAAAGAAGGAAACCAAGAAUGAAUGUGGAAUGAGAUUGGAGUUUGGUUGACGCACCAUUCCCAGAUUUUGAAGAAGAAAGAUAAGAGAAGCUUCAAUAAUAUAUUAAUAAAGGAAAAAUUCAUCUCCUUUGAAGAACCUAAUUUUGGAGGAUUUUUGUUUUUGUUUUUAUUGGUUCAUCUUCGGAAAUCGAAGCCUAAUGGUUUCUUCUUCUUUUUUUGUUUUUGUAUUUGUUCGGUCUUUUGCUCUUGAAACGGCAGAGCCCAAGACUUGUGACAGUUGAUGUGUCUUCAGAAUUCUGGAGACAGACUCUGUUCUGUUCUUCUUCUCCGUUUGAAUUUUAUUUACCACUACUGCUUCAAUUGUUUGAUUCUUCAUCCAAAUUUU